GUGUGUAUUUACACUAAAUCAACAUAUAGUUAUUAGUUUUCUCACUUCAGGGCCUUAAUCAGCUUUCUCUGUCUCCAUAGGGGAUUGCACAGGAGAUAUCCCUUCUUCCUAUAGAGUGAGGAUCUAAAAAAUAUUAAAUAAUUAUUGGGCAAAUUACCAUUCUUCACAUGUGUUUGGUACACAAUGUGGUACAAGAGAUCUCCAUUCCUCUCUAUAUGCAGGUGUGAGGUAUGCUUCCGCAAGUGCGCAAGAGCUGAUUUGCAUUCAGUAUUUACAAAAAAGAAUUGGUGUUAGCACCCAAUAUAUAGAGAAGAAUUGAAUUGAAGCACCAUUUGUUUUCUACUCGUAUUAUAUCCAUAUAUAAAAACAAUGGCUUUGGAAGCACCACUUUCCACCGCAAAUGACAUCUUCAACCACCAUACACCGCCGUGCGCCGCCACCGCAUUGCCCGCCAUCUGCUCAUCAGAUUUCCGCAUCGGCGGCCGCUCCGUCAUGCUGCGUCCAAGGCGGACGAUCGACUCGGUGAUCGCGUGGGAGGGAGAGGGGUACGAGGCGGCAGGCGGUGGCCGGAGGAAGCGGAGGAGGAGGCCGAAGGUGUGUAAGAAUAAAGAGGAGGCGGAGACUCAGCGGAUGACUCACAUUGCCGUCGAGAGAAACCGCCGUAAGUUGAUGAAUGAACAUCUCGCCGUCCUCCGCUCCCUCAUGCCGGAAUCCUACUCUCAAAGGGGUGACCAGGCGUCAAUAGUGGGUGGAGCUAUAGAAUUUGUGAAGGAGUUGGAACACCACUUGCAAUUACUAGAAGCUCAAAAGCUCCGACUCGGCGGCGGCGGCGGCGGAGCAACCACGGAGACAGACGCGGCCACGCCUCCCCCAGAGGCACCGGGAGAGACUACGCCGCCGCCAUUCUCACAAUUCUUUGCCCACCCGCAGUACACAACGGCAAAAGGCACGGCGGCGGACAUUGAAGUGACGUUGGUGGAAACGCAUGCAAACGUUCGAAUCCGGUGGAGGAGAGGCGGCGGCGGCCGGCAAGUGUCGAAAUUGGUGGCGGCGUUUGAGGGAUUGCAUAUGUCUGUUCUUCACCUCAAUGUCACCACCUUCCAUCCCUUGGUUCUCUAUUCUAUCAGUGCUAAGGUGGAAGGGGGUUGCCAGCUACAAUCUGCAGAUGCAAUAGCAUGGGGAGUCCACCACGUCCUCAUCGGAUUAACACAAGAGGAAUUACCCCAUCCCUCUUAAUUAUUUUUACUGCGUGCAGUAAACUCUUCUC